GGAAGUCUAAACCUUCUACAGAUUUGGGGCUAUGAAAGGAGCAUCUCUGAAGAAACUCUGUAGCUCACAAAAGGGUAUUUAUGGAGUGCAACAACUAUUCCUAAAUUCAAUUAAAAUAUGAUGCCUGGAAUUCACCACCCUGAAGAAUACAGGAUUGCAUCACUGGUCUUCUACAGUUUCGUAUUUGUAGUGGGAUUGUUGGUGAAUGCCACUGCACUAUGGGUUUUCAGCUGCACUACCAAGAAGAGGACAACAAUAACUGUAUAUAUGAUGAAUGUGGCAUUACUUGACAUAAUUUUUAUAUUUUCCUUGCCUUUUCGGAUAGUCUACCACGGGAACGAAACAUGGCCUUUCGGAGAUACAUUCUGUCGGAUUAUCAGUGCUUUCACUGUAUUUUACCCAGCCAUUGCUCUGUGGUUGCUCACUUUUAUAAGCGUAGACAGAUUUAUGGCUAUUGUCCAGCCCAAACAUGUCAAAGAGCUAAAAAAUACAAAAAAAGCUGUGCUGGCUUGCACUGGAAUCUGGGUAAUGACCCUCGCAACAACAUCCCCAUUGCUGUUUUUACGAUCUGAUCCAGACAAAACCUCGAAUUUCACCACCUGCCUGAAAAUGCUUGAUAUCAUCCAUUUAAAAGAAGUAAAUACAUUGAACUUUUCUCGCUUGAUUUUUUUCUUUUUGAUACCCUUGUUUAUCAUGAUGGGGUGUUACCUAGUCAUUAUUUACAAUUUUAUCCGCGGCAAAACUUCCAAACUGAAGCCUAAGGCCAAGGAGAGAUCCAUAAGAAUUAUAGUUACUCUGAUUGCUCAAGUACUCAUCUGCUUUGUACCCUUCCACAUUUGCUUCACCUUCCUCAUGUUGCAGCAUGAAGAUACAACUUACAAUCCCUGGGCAGCCUUUACCACCUUUCUCAUGAAUCUCAGUACGUGCUUGGAUGUUAUACUGUACUAUAUUGUUUCUAAACAAUUUCAGGCGAGAGUCAUCAGUGUAAUCCUUUAUCGCAAUUACCUUCGAAGCGUGCGCAGGAAAAGUUUUCGAACCGGAAGUGUAAGAUCACUCACUAAUAUCAACAGUGAAAUGAUAUAA